GUCAUGGAAAUGAGGGGAGAUGGCGUCAUCAGCAGGUGAGUGACAUAAAACGCGGACAAUCACAGGUGUUGGCGUCAUUUCUUGAAGACGGCGUGAGGCGAGUGGUUGUGUAGUAAGGAGAAGUGCUGAAGAUUUCUCAAGCGACUUGGAAGAAGUCGAGACGACACAGGGCGAUACCAGCCACCUUGCUACAUUCAAAAUGGCGGCCCCAAGAACUCAGAACUUCCAGCGGGGAAGAAGCCCCCUGUACGUCGCCGUGCCAUUGGACUUCGGCUGUCCUCCGGGCGGUCCCCCAAACGCCGUGGCACCCGUUCCGAACUACUACUACCCUUACCAAGGCCGCACCAGGCACUACAUCGACAGCAUCCUGGAAUCCCCCAAGAGACCCUCCGAGCUUUCCCCGCCGUUUCCCGUCAGCACCCUUGACCUGAUGCGACACAACCCCCACCGGUUCAUGACCCCAGGGUCCGAGACAUCGGACCAACAGAGCGUGUCCUCGGCCUCAGAAGGCACCAUCUCCCCGCAGCCUCUACUCGACGACUACGAUGCCUGUCCCGACGAGGUCAAAAACUUCUCCCUGGGACAGAAAGAACUAGAGAUGUCCCAACCACCAGAGAAGAUUCUAGUCCCCAGCCCGACCCCUAGCACACCCUCGCCUCCGGAGCGCAUCCCCAAGAAGUCUUCGACUCCGCCGCCAAGUACCACAGACUCCGACAAGAAAGCCAAGAAAACAAGAACCACCUUCAAAUACCACCAGGUGAGCGCGCUGGAACAGGUGUUCGCCAUGACGCACUACCCGGAUAACGACACGCUGGACUGGCUCACCACCACGCUGCAGCUGCCAGAGGCCAAGAUCAAGGUGUGGUUCCAGAACAAGCGUGCCAGGUGGAAGAAACAGCGAGUCAGCGAGUUCGGCACCAUCCAUCCCGGCGUACCUGGUGCGCAGGCGCACUACAUGAUGACGGACCCAUGGUCCCCCCACAUCAUUCCCAAGGGGGCCCCUCCGGCCGUCCCGAAAACCCCCCUGCAGUACACUGCCCCCACCCCCGGAAGCUACCCCCCGUCCCCCACCGUACCCCUGCCGCCCCGGCUCCCCUUACACUCCGUCCCGGGACUGAACCCUACCUUGGCGGCUACGUCAUCCAUCCCAACACUCCCUGCGGCAUCCAUCCCAUCACUCCCCUCGGCAGCCACGACUAGAUACGCUCUACCACAGUACCAGGUACCUACGUCGGUACAUGCGCAGUACCCAAAGACCACCGUGUACCAAUAACAACAGCAGAACUGGAUAUUGCCUAAGGACAAUGUCAGCACACGAGUCAUUUUAACAAAUGUAUACGAGUAUGUCAUUUUUUAGUGUCUAACACGCUAAAUGUUAUAUCUACGUCUUUUUUUCAUGAAUGAUUUUAAAUUUGCAA